CAUAAAAUCCGUGGCCCUAGCUUGUGUCCACGAAAACAGUUUGCAUAUCUGCACACAGCUUGUGAGAGGGAACGCUGUUACAGUGUACUAGGCUACGCGUUCUAGUACACUGUAGUGUUGAAUUUUUCACGAACCGGGGAUUUCUGAAAAUGCCUGGUUGAUCACCUGUGGAGGCUGGGUCGAAUUUGAAACUGGCGCCACAUCCGAGCGUUGUCUUUAAAGCUCGUAUUUCGUACUAUUUUGGGUGUAUUUAUCGUGUCGAUUACUGUUUUUCUAAAGCAUCUACCGCCCUCGCUAUUUGUUAUUGCACACUUUAUGCGCGCUCUCAAAUCCGAAAGUGAUGGGGGUGCGCCUUGCGGAGCAGACAACAUGCCAGUGGGACACGGGGAACGCAGCGUCGGCAGUGCUACGUUCUAGGAAGGACCGUGAAAGAUUAGGUGAAACUGGAGUCUACAGGAGCGGAUCAAUCAGUCACCAGGGUUCCAUUCCAUAGCAGUGAUGAAUAUGGCUGACUCGCACUGCCAUUCAGCCGACAGCUCGGACGGAAGGAUGGACAUGUCCGCGCUGGUGGGGGCACUCGUGCGUGCCUCGGAAAAGGCGGCCGCGCUGGCACGCGCGUGUCGUGCUGAGGAGGAGCUCUUCAGCCUGCUGGUGGAGGAGAAAGGCGAGGCCGACAAGAACCCCCGUUUCCUGCGGGACUUCAAGACCCUCGCAGACGUCCUCAUCCAGGAGAUGGUCAGGCACGACCUCUCCCAACUGGAUUCCGGGUUUGGCGCCCGCGUGAAGGGCGAAGAAAGCAACCAGUUCACCAAUGGCCUUGGGGAGACCAUCUGCGUGGAGGUGUGCCCCACGCCGGAAGAGACGGCCGAGCUCUUGGCGCGCGUGCUCGACGGAAACCGAGAGGCCGCCGGCAAGCUGGCCCGCGUCGUGCACUCGGACAUCGACUCGCCCGAGGAGGUGUGCCUGCCCAAUGCGGGGAAGAUCGACCUCGGGAACCACGGCGUCUGGAUCGACCCCAUCGACUCCACGUCGGAGUACAUCGGGGGUCACUGGGGCGAGGAGGACGGGAGCGGCCUGGUGCCUUCCGGGCUGCAGUGCGUGUGCGUGCUCAUCGGCGUCCACACCCUGGCCGAGGGGGCUCCUGUCGUGGGCGUGGUCAACCAGCCCUUUCACCACCUGGACCACCGGGGCAGGCCUGUGGGGAGGUGUUACUGGGCAGUAGCCAGCGUUCCAAGUCCGGUCAUGAGUCGUAGCAUCACCCGCGACGAAGACAAAGCGGCCAGCCAGAGGCACCGCCCCAUCGUGCUGCUGAGCGUCGGAGAGAGCGAGGCGGUCAUCGAGAUGCUGCAGAACAAGGGCUUCGAGGUUAAGUUUGCAGCUGGCGCAGGUUACAAGCUGCUCUGCGUCGUCCUGCAGCGCGUCGACGUGUACCUGCUGAGCAAGGGGACAACGUUUCGCUGGGACACGUGCGCCCCUCACGCUCUCUUGGCUGCCAGGGACAUUCCCCUGCACCGUUUCAGGGACAUCUCGCUGUCCGUCACGGCCCUGAGCAGCAUGCCGGAAGUGGGGGCUCUCAACUACGCGCAGCCGGACGGAGUCCUAGAAAGACUCGGCCCCAGCGCAAAGUGGCGCAACAGCGGCUGCCUGUUUGCGUGCCUCAACCCCGUUCACGCGGCCGCGGUCGACGACAUCUUGCGCACGCUUGCCGUUGCGGCAUUGUCGGACUUGGCUUAGUUCCUGCACCACUGGUUAAAUUCUCGCACUGCUGUAGCCAAGACUGACUGGUCUACCAGCGUGAGAUUAUCUGGAUCAUGUCAGGAAACUGCUAGAACGAGAUCCUUCUUUCCGAAGUACACCCACCCAGAGUCCUUGCAGGGCUGCGAGCUUCCGUAGAGUGCUGAAUGUGGUACAGCUGAACUGAGCUCUGAGGUCAUGGAGGUCAUCAUUUUAGUAGUCAUUGUUUUAGUUUACACGGGUCGUUUGUUUCCAGGCAUGUCGAAAACGGUCUCUAGCUCUGGGAUUGUUGCAACUUGUUGCAGUUUGAUGGUGCAGUUUUUCACGUGAAGUUUCUGAUAGCACCCUUGUUAUACCGUCGUAGUAAUCUAGACCAGUGUUGGUUGAUUUCACAAAAACUUUUAACAGAAUAUGUGUCUCCAGAAAAAUGUGUUUAAUCAAAAGCCAAAAUAUGCAGUAAUUGCCUAAAGAAAAAAGUAGGUGUAAAAAUGAAGACGGAAGAAAGAGGAAAAAAAGCAAAGCGCAAGUUAAAGCAAAAGCAAACUGCAUUUCAGCUGCAUUGUUCUAAGACCUAGUUUUGGUUAAAUGAGCUUACAUAAUCAUGCACAUGCAAAAGAAAACUUGUAUUCUGAAAGAUGCACUAUCCAGGUGGUAUACUAUAGCAUUGCUUUCAUUUUCUAGACUGCACCCCAUCUUUUAGAUUACAUAUACUAUCCUGAUCAGUUUUCUGGUGUGCUCUGUCCGCCCAGCACUUUCACAUACAACAGACUUAACGCACAACUCUCACCAUUUAAUCGAGACAGUCUGGUAUAUAUUUUUGUAUAUUUCAUCUCGCCUCUUUCUGACGAAGGUGACCUACCUUAUGGCAUGCAACACAUAGGCGGUACUGUUUUAGGUUGUACCGGUUUUUAGUAGGAAAGAGAACAUAGUUUAUUGUGUUUUCCAUCAGGGAGCCCUUACAGCACCCCUGAUUUUUAGAGAAUUCUGAGUACAAAGUCAUCAACUUUCGUGUUCACGCACCAAGAUUAGCUACAGCCUAAUCCACUAAUAACAACUAAUUGCUUGCUCACUUAAAAGAAGUACUGAUAGAAUGUUAAAAUCAGAUUGCACUGGGUGUCAUUGAUUUUGGUUCCACCUCAAUCAAACAUUCUACUAGUAUGUAGCUUUUAGUCUCUUUGUUUUUAUCAAUUUUCCAGAACGUUCCCUCACCUGAAUUCCUAUAUUUCUAAUACAACUAUUUCCUGUGAUCAAUGUUCGACGUCAAUAUUUUUUUUCAAGCUGCGCUGUUACUGAUCUAUGUAAGCCAAAGUGUACAAAAGUAUGCCAUUUGUUGACCUAGAGUUUUUUUUUUUUUUUUUUUAAGCUUUACCGAUUUGUUUAAAUAAUGCUGUGAAAGCUACAUUUAUGCAGUUUGUGCAGGUUGUAUAUAUGGCCCGAGGGACAUAUAGUAUAAAGGGCUAACCGUAACAAUCGGUCGGCUAAUUAAGUAAAAUUCGUCAAUUUUUAGUGAGUGAAAAUAGACAUAUGGUUCCAAUUAAAAACUUGCUGCCUCGGCAUUGUAUCCUUCUAAAAAGAGUUGAUUGUGGUUUUCAAUGACGCUCAACAAGUUUCUAACUGGAACCAUAUGUCUAUUUUCACUCAUUAAAAAGUUAAUUAUUUCCCCUGCACCGCGUCCCCGUGGCCGUAUAACAUCACCUGCACAAACCGCGUAAGUGUAGCUUUCGUGGCUUUUUUAAACAAAUCUGUAAAGCUGGAAAAAAAAAAAACGGCCUAUAUAUCUGCGGCGACAGUGCCUGGAGCGCAUCUCCGACUGGUGCAUUUACUGCGUCUUCAUUUUUGGCCCCUCAACUUCCGCCUGCUGACGUCGCAGCUGGCUCGUGCUGUUGCUGACGGCAAUCUUGGCAGUGGUACAGCAGCAGAGCUGGGUAUGGUAGGCUACUUUCCUGCCGUAGCUCACUUCGUAGCCAGCCGGUCGACCGAGGCCAAGGUAACCGUGGGCUGGGACGUUGCAUUGACAGCGACCCUUCUGUCCCGUCUUUCCGACUGCCAGGAUCACGACAACCGACACCACGAGACACUACAUUUAGUGACACUUUGCUGCCUGUUCAGGACCGCUUUGGUUGAUUGGGAAGUGCAGCAGCACGAGUCGGGGAUGCAUUCUUCAAGGUACUGCAGUGAUGAUGUGAAAUGUUAUUAGCCUUUGUUAUGUGUGUGUAUCUUUUCUUUUCGAUUCAUGUUGUUACAGACAGACAUGUCUUCCAGCAGCCUCGUAUGAGACGAUAUACGUUUAUGGAUGAUAUUCUGCAGAAGUCGAGCCAAAGAGAGAUUCCUAGAUUGUAUGCUUAUGUCUUUUCUUUUUUUUUUUGUUAGAGCCAGCCAUAUUUACUAUACACAGGAGGAUGACGUAUUUGUUUUUAAUGUAUUGUCAAAUACUGAGUGUACAUCCAAGCCGGUGCCAGUUUCCACAUUGUGUUUUUCAUAAGCAUAAAAAAUGUUUGGUGGAGGAGGGUAUAAAGUAUAUAUAAAUGUGUUUUGACUUAAUUGAUAUCAGCCCUCCUCAUCGUAAUUGCUGCACGCUUUGAGGUGGCCCACUAAAUGUUGGAUAUUUUACGAUGGUCAGUUUUACUGUUUAGUUUUAAACAUGUCCAAAGAAUAUGAGGAAUAUUUGUUCCAAAUAUUUUUUUGUCUCCAUAGGCUGGCACGACGUACCCUACCUAUGUUAAAACCGGUGUGAAGAGAACGUCCUGUUAUCAUAUGGUGAGGUUUUUCACCCAUGUAUACUCUGUUGUUGACAGCGCUCGCUAAUAAGAAUGCUGCUAUAAGUGUUCUUGGAAUGGACUUGAGAUGUUACAUUUAUAGAGGAGAAGCUACCCAUGUAACGGAAGUGGCACAAAUGCUAAAUAACAGACUGUGUCGUAUAUGUUUGUUUUCCAGCUGUUAGCAAGUUUGUGUCUUGACAUUUUUUUAAUGUUCAACAAGGUUGAAUGUUACACACACAAUCGCCGUUGUAUCAAUCAUAGGUGUGCCAAUUGGGGAGGUGUGUAGUAACUAGCAUACAGACUAAGCCAUUUUCACUGUUUUGCUGUUGUGAUGUGAUUCUGAAAGCAUUUAUUGCCUGACCGAAGCAAUGACACGUAUUAGGUUUUUUUCUUGUAUUUUUAGAUUGUGAUUAUUUUAGUAUAUAUCAACCAUGUGUCUGAUCAAUCCCAGAUUGUUUGUGCUUAGAGGGACCAUAACAGUAUUAAUUGUCUCUUCAGUGCACUGAAUUUUAUUGUGUGCAAUGUUUUUGGCCUUUGUCAUGCAGGAAUUUUCUACACCAUGUUAUAGUUCAUUAUUCUCAAGAGGCCUACUUCCCAUUGUUAGCUGACUUAUUAUAACUCUUUUUUUUUUACCUGGACAAUUGCAAAGCAUGUGCUAUUCUCCAGAACUUGAACAGAGAUAUUGAUAAAGAAAAUAAAAUUUCUCUCUUCUGGAGUGUACGUUAACCUGUUUAGCAAAAUUAAGAGACUUCUGCCUUCAGUUUUCUGUUAUUUCAGAUUUUAUUUACACAUCGUGUCCUGUAAAGUUGGUCCCCGUCGUAUCGCGGUGAACGCCUGUGUCUAGCAUGUCAUGAUAAAUGGAAUAAAAACAAAGAAAAUUAA